GACGUCGUCAACGCGCGUCGGAAGCGCCGCUCACACCGGGGCUCGCACGAGGCUGACGGUGAGGAUGGCCGGGUUCGCGGAGCUCGGGCUGUCAUCGUGGCUGGUGGAACAAUGUCGGCAGCUGGGUUUGAAGCAGCCCACGCCCGUACAGCUGGGAUGUAUCCCCGCCAUCCUGGAGGGUCGGGAUUGCUUGGGCUGUGCCAAGACAGGCAGCGGGAAGACAGCAGCGUUUGUCCUGCCCAUCUUGCAGAAGCUGUCUGAAGAUCCUUAUGGCAUCUUCUGCCUCGUCCUGACACCCACCAGGGAGCUGGCCUACCAAAUCGCAGAGCAGUUCCGGGUCCUGGGGAAGCCUCUGGGCCUGAAAGACUGCAUCAUUGUCGGCGGCAUGGACAUGGUGACCCAGGCUCUUGAGCUUUCCCGGAAACCACACGUGGUCAUUGCCACCCCAGGGCGCCUGGCUGACCACCUCCGCAGCUCCAGUACCUUCAGCAUAAAGAAAAUUCACUUCCUGGUGAUGGAUGAGGCCGACCGGCUCCUGGAGCAGGGCUGCACUGACUUCACUGUGGACCUGGAGGCCAUCCUGGCAGCUGUGCCAGCCCGCAGGCAGACGCUGCUCUUCAGUGCCACUCUGACUGACACACUCCGGGAGCUUCAAGGCCUGGCUGCUAACCAGCCCUUCUUCUGGGAAGCUCAGGCUCCGGUGCGCACAGUGGAACAACUGGACCAGCGCUACCUGCUGGUGCCCGAGAAGGUCAAGGAUGCCUACCUGGUCCACCUAAUCCAGAACUUCCAGGAUGAGCACGAGGACUGGUCCAUCAUCAUCUUCACUAACACAUGCAAGACCUGCCAGAUCCUGUGCAUGUUGCUGCGUAAAUUCAACUUCCCCACUGUGGCUCUGCAUUCCAUGAUGAAACAGAAAGAACGCUUUGCUGCCCUGGCCAAGUUCAAGUCCAGUAUCUGCAGGAUCCUCAUUGCGACAGAUGUGGCCUCGCGGGGCCUGGACAUUCCCACUGUGCAGGUGGUCAUCAACCACAACACCCCUGGGCUCCCAAAGAUUUAUAUCCACCGAGUCGGCCGGACGGCCCGUGCAGGGCGCCAAGGACAGGCCAUCACACUGGUGACGCAGUAUGACAUCCACCUGGUACAUGCCAUCGAGGAGCAGAUCACCCCGAAGUUUCUUUUGUCUGGUUAUCAGAACAAGCUCCCCACAGUGGCCCUCUGCAGCUGGAGGCCAUAUCCGGGACCUCACUCUGUGGCUGAACACCCUCUCCCUGUCGUGUCCACCCUCCCCUGCACCCCCCCAGAGAAGAAGCUGGACGAGUUCUCAGUGGAGGAGGCCGGGGUGCUGCAGAUUCUCACACAGGUCAAUGUGGUGCGGAGAGAGUGCGAGAUUAAACUGGAGGCAGCCAACUUUGAUGAAAAGAAGGAAAUCAAUAAGCGGAAGCAGCUGAUCCUGGAGGGAAAGGACCCUGACCUGGAGGCCAAGCGCAAGGCCGAGCUGGCCAAAAUCAAGCAGAAGAACCGGCGCUUCAAGGAAAAGGUAGAGCAGGCUCUGCAGCGGCAGAAGGCCGGUGGGGCUGGCCGCAGGGGGUGUCGGCCCAGGGCCCAGCGUGAGGACCACCCGGCCCCAGCACCCACCUAGGGCCGGGCUUGAGCUCCAGCUGGCUCCCAGUCCCCCGGCCUAAGGAGAGCUGAGGUCAGAGGGGUUCUCCCUAGAGGCAGCACCCUCCGCCUGACCUGCUCAGGCCCCCUCAGUGGAGCCCGUGGACAUGUACAUUGUGUGGAGAGCAGCUUGUCAGGAGGUGCUCGAUAAAUGGCUCUUUCGA